CUUCCUGCCGUGCAUUGUCCAUUACUUACAAAAACACACAACUGAAACAUGCACUUGAGCUGCUGCAGAACUGGGGCAGGCAGCUAAAGGAAGAUCGUUCAUAUGACAAACUUCCUGUCAAUUACAGUACAGAGGACCAAAACAAAGUAACUGUAAACUCAUUCUGCAGCUGCAGCUGAGAAGCACAAAAACCCCACAGCCUUGGUCAGCGUGCAAUCACCCACUCAAUGGGUUGGCAGGAUCACCUCGGAGAAAUCCCUCUUCACAAAAUGAUGCACUUUCUGUUGUCUUCCUUACAGACGCACGCCCUCACCUUCCACAGAUAACCUUUAUUUUCCAGCUUUGGUGAGCCAAUAGGAGGAGGGAAAAUCCUGCUGGGACCGACAAACUCACACCCUGAAUGUAAAAAUGUUUUCUUAAAAGAUUGUGAGAUAAGAGGAUGUGUGGGAGACUCUUUAUUAGCGAAUGCGUUGAUAACUAUUACUACUUGCAGUUUGGAGUAGUAGUGAGGAAUGACUGACCCUGAAGAAGGACGCUUAGUGAUGUCUCACAGGACCCACAUGUGCCUCACUGCUGUGACUCUGGUUGUGUUGCUUGUAGCAGCCUGUACACUUGGCAUCGUAUUAUCACAAAGAGAUACUAAACCGUCAGCAAUCAAUCAAGACCCACCUUCCAAACCCAAGCCAGGGAUGGAAUUGAAUGAGAUGCUGGAAUCGAAGAGGCUAAACUGGAAUGUUGUGGACAACAUGGAUAACAAAAUAAAUGAAUCACUGGUUGUUCAGGAAACAGGAGUUUACUUUGUUCACCUUCAGGUAUCAUUUAGUGGAAAAAACUGCAGUGAAUUAAAGGUCUUUUUGGAUGUAAAAUACACAGAAGGAACUGAAAACUACACAGCCUCCUAUGGGAAAGGGUGCCCAACAAGAGAGAAAGAAAAGUGGCUCCAGUCCAUCAGCCAUACCAUUCUUAUCAGUCUGGCUGAAGGAAAUCAAAUCAUAGUUAGAGCUGAGCCCUACCACUUGGUUCUUUUUCAAAGUUAUCCGAAAACUACUUUCCUCACAGCCUUUAAGUAUUCUGAUUGACAGAAAAGUCUUCCCGUGGAUAAUAUGUUUCUGCCGUGCAAGUUCAGCUAUGCUAUUUGGAUGUGAUAAUCAUCAAGCCCUUUUAAGUUAAAAUUCUCAUAAAUCACAGCACCUCAUUUCAAUUCAUAUUUUAUACUGAUUAUACUAAUUAUAUUUUAUAAUUUAAUAUUGUGAUCACAUUGUACGAGUGUGCCAGUUAUUUAGAUUUGCUUCUAUUCCUUUAUAUAGUAUUAGCCAGGUGGCUCCCAAGUGGCGCAUCCAGCAAAGGCGCUCUGCGUGAGGGCCUGUGGGCUUCCUGUUAGCCGCCAUGGAGCUGCGUUGUCCUCCUAUGCUGUAGCUCCUGGGCGGCUGCAUGGUGAAUCCGCAGUGUGU